UUAGACCUUUCCAAACGAACAAUAAAACGAAGAACCGUUGAAAAGCCCUCUCUUUAUCAAGAAAAGCCUUCGCGUCUUCCCAUUCUCUUUCAAUUCUUCGCUAAACCCUUUCUUCCAUUUCCCCCCGAUUUUCUUUUUCCCCAACUAAAUCGUUGCCCCAUUCAUUUGAUCAUGUACUUAUCAAUCGCAAAGUUGUAAAGACAAAUUUCACCUGUAAAAGCAUCAAGCGAUCGAUUGUUCCUCCUCUCGAUCGAUCGCUUGGUGUUUGAUUUUUCCAUUCUUUUUCGUUUCCCCAGUUUCCAAUUUUCGUUUUGAGGGUUCUGUGUCGCGAUCAGAACGGAUUUGAUUAUUUCGUUUGAGAGAUGUCUAAUUUGAACUCCAAUUUCAAUCAGAAGAUUGAUUAUGUAUUCAAGGUCGUGUUGAUCGGAGAUUCUGCGGUGGGGAAAUCGCAACUCCUUGCCCGUUUUUCCAGGAACGAGUUCAGUUUGGAUUCGAAGGCGACCAUUGGGGUUGAGUUUCAGACCAAGACGCUUGUCAUCGACCAGAAAACUAUCAAGGCACAGAUAUGGGAUACUGCUGGGCAGGAGAGGUAUCGUGCAGUGACGAGUGCAUACUACCGAGGUGCCGUAGGGGCAAUGCUGAUCUACGACAUGACAAAGCGUCAGUCCUUCGAUCAUAUAGCUAGGUGGUUAGAGGAACUCCGUGGUCAUGCAGACAAAAACAUUGUCAUCAUGCUCAUAGGGAACAAGUCCGACCUGGGUUCUCUCCGCGUCGUUCCCACAGACGAUGCGAGAGAGUUUGCUCAAAUGGAGAAUCUGUUUUUCAUGGAAACAUCAGCGCUCGAGGCCACAAAUGUAGAGACAGCGUUCAAUACCAUCCUGACGGAAAUCUAUCAAGUGAUUAGCAGGAAGGCUCUGGUUGCAAACGAGGACGCCGAUUCCGGAGGAAACUCGUCACUUCUUAAAGGAACAAAGAUUGUUGUACCGGGACAAGAGCGGUCGGCAGCAAGCUCUGGGUGUUGCAGAAGUUGAUAGUGAAUAAUUCUAGUUUGGUUUUAACAUAAUUUUCACAUGAAUUGCUGCCUUUUACAGCCUACACAACCCCUCUCCCCCAAAAAAAGACCACAAGACGAAGAAAAAGGUAAAUAGUUCUCUGUUAUAUGCUUUUUGUUUAAUGUUAAGAGGCAUUGUCACCAUUACAACACACAUUUUAGUGAGCAAAAGCUUCAUAUAUUGUCGUUCGUAUCUUCAUGUGUCUGUAAAACCUUUAACAUGUGGAUAUGGGUUUUCUCCAGUUCAGGAAAUGACCGAAUUUCAGGAUUCGAAUACCUAUGGUGGUAAA